GUCCAACUACUCCGUACAUAUAUCAUCACGCCUCCCUUACCGAUCGAACAACCUUGUAUUCACACUCCAAAAAACAUCACCAAUACGCAACCUUUGCUUGUCCUCAAUCUCCAAAAAACAGUACAGAUUUUUUUUCCCCUGUCUUCAAACUUGAUUCCCCAAACAGGCCUUUGUUUCUUAUUUGAAGUUUUCUGAUUGACUUUUCCUGGAGAAGAGGACAUGUCUGGCAUGCUUCCUGGAGUUGAAUGUGCAAGGAGGAGGAGGCUUCAUCCAACCAAUAGGGGAUUGAUGACUGACUCAAGAAAGUCAUUCUUUUGCUUGUACACUAGCAACAGCUCUUCAUCCAUUCCUUCCAUGCAAGGAAGUGGAACGAGAACGGGAUACGAGGAUGGGAUGAUGAUGGGUGAGGUUGCCAGAGAAGCAAAGCAGAGAUUGGAUGAGAAGCUCAGAGGAAAAUGGGAACCACAUCACAGAUUCACAGCAGGAACGGAAAUAGGCAAGAUGUCUCCAGGCUCAAGAUUAGUGAUAUUCAAAGGGCGGAGUUUGGGCUGGAGAACUCCAGCCCAAAGAGGUGUAAUUGGGCUAGAAAUCUAGGGUUUAAGGCAUGAGAGCAUCCAAAGUUUGGGAAAUUCCAAAUUUUAUUGAAAUUAUUCAGUUAAAUUUAAUCUCAUAAUUUGCUUAGACUUAAAAUUUGUGGUCUUACUCAAAAAGUGUAUUUUUGUAAGGAUCUCAUCGAAUAAUGUCAAAUACUAAUUUCAUUGUAUUAUUA